AAGUUCCAACGAAUCCAUUGUCUUCGGCUACCCGUUCGACUUUCCCAAUUUCUUCUCGCGAAUCAGCAGCCGCGGAAGCCGGGGGCCGGGGCCAAGCAGCAGCAGCGGGCGGCGGCGAGGCGAGGCGAAGAUGUCUUACCUGCUGCCGCAUCUGCACUCGGGGUGGGCGGUGGACCAGGCCAUCCUCGCCGAGGAGGAGCGCCUCGUCAUCAUCCGCUUCGGCCACGACUGGGACGAGACCUGCAUGCAGAUGGAUGAAGUGCUGGCAUCAGUAGCUGAGACCAUAAAGAAUUUUGCAGUUAUCUACCUCGUUGACAUCACAGAGGUUCCUGACUUCAACACUAUGUACGAGCUGUACGACCCGUCGACAGUGAUGUUCUUCUUCCGGAACAAGCACAUCAUGAUUGAUCUUGGCACAGGAAACAAUAACAAGAUCAACUGGGCCUUGAAGGACAAGCAGGAGUUCAUUGACAUUGUGGAGACUAUCUACAGGGGUGCCCGCAAGGGCCGUGGUCUGGUGAUUGCUCCGAAGGACUACUCCACCAAAUACCGUUACUAAGGCAUUUGUUGGCCAUUGUUGUGUACUUUCUAGCCUGCUGUGUUUGGCAAAUGCCAGCACUCCACAUGUGACCCUCAAUGCGAAGGCUGUUAACUUGCUGAGUGUUGCUUAACUUCUCAUAAGCUUGUAAUCCGUGAGUUGAUUGAUCGAAUGUCAAAAGUGAAUAUGUGUGUUGGCGUGACCAUGUUAUAAAAAAUAAUGGUUGGUCUGGAGCACGUGUGAA